AUGGUUAGAGACAUUGUCAGGCAUGGCCCAGUCGCGCCCUCAAUGACGCUCGUGCAUCCAAGCUGUUACGUCCAAUUGCCGUAUUUAUGCACCAAUUUAUCAGCUUCCGCCUCCAAUGCGCAGCUACCUACCCCACCUCCCCAAAUCAUCGGUGAACGGAACUGUGGUAACUACAACCAUUGUACACCAAGUACUCGGUUCUUACAGCUGACAAUGAUUAUGGUGAAUCUGGCAAGGUUAUUGAUCCAGCUGGAUCAACCACAUAUUGUGAAUGGGCAGGCUGAAAGGCGGAGGCACAUAGCUGCAUACUUCAGGAGGCCGUUUCUCGAUCGUCAAACGGGGACAGGCCCUGUUACACAACAUUGUUCCCCUUUUGGGAGAAAGCAGGAAACGCAAGCGUUACUUGAAAAGCCGACCGACAUCUGCUUAGUGCCCAAAAGGUGUAAAGUAAUACUGUAUUAUGUCCAGUUGCUUAACAUAUCCCUAGCAGCUCAAGGAGUUAUACUGGGAGUUGUGGAAGACUGUACGUAUCUCAGAAGUUGUGGUAAACGAAGUAAACGGACAUAUAUCAAAGUUCAGGAUUGCGUUUGCCGUUUGGCGCCACCUGUGAUACCAAAAAGACAUUGCUGGAUCUCAUACAGCGCUUAUUUCGGACUACAGUGCAGGCUAUAUUUCCGUAACGUUGUCAGACUUGGCCACUCCGGGUAG